AUGACACAGAGCCUGUCGGGCCCGCGCACUCUUGGCAAAGUUUCAGUGCAACGAGAGGCGCCGGGCGCUCCAUGGCCGCGCCGUAACAGGGACCCAGCCGCCUCCCCGCCCAGCCCAGCCCAGCCCUUCCGCCCGCCCAGGAUGGAGGCGCCCGCCAGCGCGCAGACCCCGCACCCGCACGAGCCCAUCAGCUUCGGCAUCGACCAGAUCCUCAACAGCCCGGACCAGGACAGCGCACCGGCCCCGCGGGGCCCCGACGGCGCCAGCUACCUGGGAGGGCCCCCCGGGGGCCGUCCGGGCGCCACAUACCCGUCUCUGCCCGCCUCCUUUGCCGGCCUCGGCGCGCCCUUCGAGGACCCGGGAUCUUACAGUGUCAACCUGAGCCUGGCGCCCGCCGGAGUGAUCCGAGUGCCAGCGCACAGGCCGCUGCCCGGGGCCGUGCCACCGCCUCUGCCUAGCGCGCUGCCCGCCAUGCCCUCCGUGCCCACGGUCUCCAGCCUGGGCGGCCUCAAUUUUCCCUGGAUGGAGAGCAGCCGCCGCUUCGUGAAAGACCGCUUCACAGCGGCGGCGGCGCUCACGCCCUUCACCGUGACCCGGCGCAUCGGCCACCCCUACCAGAACAGGACACCGCCCAAGCGUAAGAAGCCGCGCACGUCCUUUUCUCGGGUGCAGAUCUGCGAGCUGGAAAAGCGCUUCCACCGCCAGAAGUACCUAGCCUCCGCCGAGAGGGCGGCGCUCGCCAAGUCCCUCAAAAUGACGGACGCGCAGGUCAAGACCUGGUUCCAAAACCGGAGGACCAAAUGGCGACGGCGGAGAGCGGAGGCGGAGCGGCAGCAGGCAGGCCGGCUCAUGCUGAGCUGCAAACACGACGCCUUCAAAGGGAGCCUCACCUGA